UGUUGAAGCUCCUUUCUGUUGCCGCAAAGUUACAACAAGGACUUAAAUAUGUGGAUGUCAGAGUUCAGUGUUUUUGCUACCGUGGUAUCACCUCUGCGACAUUCUUGGUGUGUACUUAUAUGAGUGUGAGUGAUUAUAACGAAUGAAUGAUAACUAAAUAAUGUAUUCAUAUAUUUUAGUAGCAAUUUGGCGUGAUAUCUGUUGUAUUUUAGUAGUGACAAAUAGGUUUUUAUCAUGGUAUUUACUAUGUGUUGAGUUAUCAAUGCCAUUGCUGUAUUACUUAUUUAAGUACUAGUGUUGCAUCCUUUUUAAAUAUAUGAUACGAUUUGCCUUGCAAGCUACUGAUUACUUGUGAGGAUUAUUUGUCUUAACUUAAACAUUAGGACUGUAUAUUUACUGUGCUUGUGACCUAGUUGCCCCCCAAGUUAAAACAAUCAAGUAAUAUAGUGGGUUUCAUUGGAGAAAACAGUUUAUGACAUAUGAAUAACAGCUUUUGUUUUUUUUGCUGUUAACCAGCGGAUAAUGACACAUCAACCUGAGCAGUGUGGGUGUAGUUCAAGUGAUCAUGUGUUUAUGAGGAGCUGAACUCCCUCACUAGCCCACUGAUGUGAUUCAGGCUCCUCACCAGACCCCAGCCUACCGUCUCUCAGCCCAACACUGAUUGGCUGCUGUUCCCUUCACUUAAGUACUCUCAGCUCAUAGUGACACCUCGCCCCAAAAUACACCCCAAAGACACCUGCUGAGCAGCAACAGAGCACCUGUCAGAAUCUCUGAAAAGAAACUGGAAGUCUGGGCCACGGUUUUGACCUAUUUAUAGUACUACAUAUGUAAACUGGGCUUGAGGCCAAUAGUGUAGAAUUCAUGUAUUUUUUUCACGGUCUUUGGGAGAUUUACAAUAUCCAGUUAACAGCAUAACAUCAAUAAUUAAGUUGUUUAUAAACUAUAAUGAGAACUGUAUACGGGACAUUUUAAAUAUGAGCAAUACAAUGACUGUACCCAUGAUUUCACAAUAAAAUACAGCACGCAGUAUUUCCCCACCACAAAGUUUUUUAAAAAAACCAACAAGAAAUCACUCUUUAAAAUCAAGAACAACUUCACGCUGCUGCUGAUGAACUAUUUGUGCCCUUGUUACAUUACAUUUGUUUUUUCAGACAACUAAAAUCCUGCUCCAAACGUUUAAUCCCACAACACUGAAACCCUUAUUUUUCAUGCUUUCACAGCAGUGUGUGUGCAGGGAUCCCGACCGUGGCAUUGACACGGCAGACUAUGUUGAAACUCUGACACUAUGCAGACACUUGUUGAAGCAUUACUGAUGUUUGAGUUAUGAAACUGUAUCUCUGUGCCUGACAAUGUAAUGCACGACUGUCGAUUCUAUAUUCAAGCGUCCCGCUAAUACUGAAUAAUGAAGCCAGAGAGGUCACCCGUCCCUGACCCCUGUGUCAUCACAAAUCAGUCAGUUGGCCUUCAACCCAACAUGUCUUAGUUGUAUUUUAAUCCUUACUUCAGAUGGAAAACAACCCACACACUGUACCUUUGUCAUUUACCAAGAGUGGAACUUUGUGUCAUGUGGAGUCACAGGAGUAGUCUUACUUUAUUGUUCAAAGAUUUCUCGCUGACUGUAAGCCUUUUCCUACAGCUAAAGUUUCAUGUGAACCUGAGGUUUGUUAGUUUUGAGAUCAUUUAUGUUCGAAUCAGACCAAUGUACACAUGGAUGAAUAUAUUCACUGCCACAGACGUCCCCUGUGGGGGUUUGUGGAUUUAGUUUCAGAGAGAGAGAGUCUGAGGUUGUUGUCUGUGUUGUCAACUCUGGAGCUCUGCGGCGCAGUGAUGGUGAAACACAGCAAUUAGUUUAUUGAGAGAACAAAUAGACACAAACAAAACUUUAUCGGUUUAGGCUUGCAAAACACCACAAAUUCACAUGAAACUAGAUCCAGAAUGCUACAUUUUCAAACAAUACUAAUAAGAGAGAAACACAAAUUGAUGUGUUAGUGGCUUUUCCUAAUUUUAUGUAAACUGAUUAGAAAAGUUAUUUUGAACAACAUAGACCAACAUAGUAGGGAAAUACUAAUUCAAUCUUCUAUCUUGUCUUUUUCAGGCUUUUAAGUCUUUUUAGCAAACACACGUAGAAAAUCCAAUUUUUCUUUACACCAGAAUAUUUAAAUCAUCAUGAUACGAACAAUCCAAAAGAAAAGAGACUCACACAACAAUUACUUCCUUGUUUAUGGACUCCUCACUGUGUGUUCAUAUCCUGCUCAUUAAUAAGUAAAUUCAUGAAUUCAUUAUGAAAGACAAAGAGAAUGCUAAAACUGAGUGCUGCUCAUUUUCAGCCGAAUACAAAGAGGCUGCCUCUUUGUAUUCAGUAUUUUGCUUUCAUGCUCAACAGUGUGCCGUCCCCAAAAAAAAAAACAUUGGCAGUAAUUCUUCAUUUCAAAAUAACACUCAGUUUGUUUCAUGGGAAUAUGUUCUCAGAUCAGCCGCUGAGUGUCACAACUCCAAAGUACAAUCAUUUUAUUGUUAAGCUUUCCUCAGAUCACCUUUUAACUCUGGUUAUCAUCAUUUUCGUUAAAGGCUGGACCCGUCUUUUGGGGACAGCUGUGAGACAGAAUUAAGGAACUCUAAUUGACCCUUCUGCCGUAUCAUGUCAACAACACUCUAACUUUUCUAUGUUUAUGCAAGUGUAGACUCCUUGCUAGCUGACUCUCGUGACAGUUGUUAUGCUGAGAGAAACGUGAACCGUGUCCCAGGAGGAUCUGGUAUGUGGGUGAAGAGGACUCAUGCAGACACGAUCUAAUAUUGACCAGCUGAUAUGGUUAUUUUCUUUCUGAUCCUCCUCUCAGUUUGAAGGCGCUCCCGCUGCUCACAGUGUGGACACACGUACCCUCAGAGAAAUAUUCCUUAUGGGACUGAUUUUAAUAUUUAUUUGUUUUUUUUUGUUUUUUUUUAGCCAGUUGUUCUCACAUAGAGCUGUUUUACAAGUUUUUAGCUCUCUGGUGGUUUGUCGGUUCAGCUGGUCCACCACUUUGGUCCAGACUGAAAUACUAUUAGCAACCUUUGGAUGAGACAUUCAUGACUGACUGGACUGACUUUUCCUCUAGCUCCGACAGCAGGUCUUCAUUUAUCCUGUGAAUCUUCUCAACAUCUGUCAGAACAGGUUGCCACCAAUUUUUGCACAGACAUUCGUGGUUCCCAGACGAUGAACCCCUUUGACUUUUCCUCUGGUGCCGAGGUUCACAUUAAUGCUUUUAGGUAAAAUGUUUCAACAACUAUUUUAUAGAUGUUCGAUGACAUGAAAUUUGGUGCAGACAUUUAUGUCCUUCACAGGAUGAAUUAUAAUCACUUUGGGGAUACCUUAGCUUUACAUAUACAGUAGUGUCAUCAUUAUAGUGAAAAUUCAAUCCAGUGCUGCUGUUGACCAGAAUUCCUGCAAAACUAAUCAGCCUUAGCCGUACUUUGUGUUUCUGGCAAACAAAUGCUGGCAUGACACAUGCAUAUGCUAAACUAAGAUGGUAAAGAUGGUGACCAAUAGACCUGGGAAACAUCGGCAUAUUAACAUUGUCACUGUGAGCAUUGUCCCCAAAACAGGGCUGUGCAAAGUCACAGAGAUGCUAGUGUGGCUAACAUUUCCUCUCGCACCCUUGUUAGGUCAAAAUCUUUCUUAUCACCAAAUACCUUUAAAACUAAUGUCAUUCCCAUCAACCUCAGCUGUACUCUGUCAUUUGUUUAGUACUACUUAGCAAAUGCCUGCUAUUUUUGCGCCUAAAUUGGGAUGUUUAACGUGAUAAACAUGUGCUUAACAUCAGUAUGUUGGCAUUGCCAGUUAGAGCAUGUUAGCAUGCUGGUGCUGGCAUUUAGCUCAAAGCACUGCUGGACUUGGUUGGCAGCUAGCAUGGUUGUAGACUCUUUACUCUCUUUCCACUCCCACGUUGCUAAUUCAGCUGCUUUUAUAAUAUCUGUGAUGUGUUGAAAUGCUUGCAACAAAAUACAUCAGCAUGGUUGCUAGCCAGUCGGCAUGCAGAGCUUUGACCAUCUGAUGAAGGGGAUGUCAACCAGAUUUUCUGCAGGAGACAGUGAAAACAAAAACACGAUUCAGUUCUAAGAAUCAUGCCCAACCCUCCGUUCACACCCUUAAAUAAAGAGGUUUUCAGGAGCGAAAGUGUGAAUGUGCCUCUGUUUAAACAAGCUGUGAAUUGGCCAACCCUUUCAGGCUUGUCCUCACUUGCUCUGUUAGAUAUUAAAACGAAGCAGGUAAGAAAACAAGAAUGUGGAUUUGGCUGGAGAAGCAACAAUAAGAUGAAGCUGCGGGUUGAGACUUAGGCAGUUAAAGUUCUUUGGGCAGUUUAGCGUGGUCAGUGACCUGCACAUUAAUCUGGUCCAUGUACUCCGCCUGUGGGAAUGCCUUGCAUGUGGUAACAGCUUGGAAAAACAUGGUUGUUAUGGAUGAAGGGGUCGUAGGGCGAUUUCUUUGUGUUCGACCCUGAUGGGGAGAGAUCCACGGCUGCACUCACAGUUUGUAGUCGGGGGGGAGGGAGCUGAGAGCAGUUUCUGUUGUGCUGUAGCUUCGGGGGCCCUCUGAGGAAGUUUGUUAGCCAACUGGCACCGACAGUAUGAGGACUGUGAUUUAAAGGAAAGUUAAAGGAACUUUGCCAACUGUGUCUUGACAAAUCUUCGUAGGUGAGCAGAAGAGACUAAAUCCUGAAGAAUAAUUCAACCAGAGUGAGAGUUUGCUUAGACUUUUCCUUUGAAACGUCCUGAAAGAGAAAGAUGCUCUGUGAGAGGCCCCAUUCAUCCCUGCAAAAGAAGCAAUGAGGCAUAGCUGAAUGUGCUUUAUUAACACUUAACUUACUAUGACAAAAUCAUGCAACUACAGCUUAAGUAACCACAUUUUACCGCUAAAAGCUUUUGACAAAUUUUACACCUCUUAAGCAAAAUGUUAAUUUGCAAACCGUCCCACCAGUUUUAAGCAUUUGCAUAUAGUUUCAUACAACUUUACAAAAUAAAUAAUUGUCGAAAUAUUCAUAAAAAUCAGUACAUUUUACAUAAUUUUACAUUUGACUUGUCCACGCCACAGUAUUGGAUUGCACCCUGAGUCGUCUGUGGGUCUGUCAUGUUUGAACUAGUGUGUAAACACUCCUCGCUUGUCCUUUCACCUUCAACCCUGCCGUCCAAAAUCAUCCUUAGUUUUAGAUUAGAGCUGCAGCUGGCAACUUAAUUCAUUCUCGAAUAUUUUGCAGGUUGUUUUGUAUGAUUAACCCUCUAAAUGUUUGGUCUAUAUAAUGUCAGAGAAAAGUCAAAAAUGCUCAUCAUCUAUGUUCAUUGACUAAUAGAUGAAUUGACUAAUCAUCUCAGCUCUACUUUAGUCCUUAUUUAAUUAAGAUGUAAACAAAACCAGCUCAUGGAAAAGUGGCCUUGUACUUGUAAAUUCAAAUUAAUUGUAUCUUGUGCAAGUGUUUGCUUUUUUAAUUGAUCAUAAAAUGUUUCUGUUUUUUUAACAAGUUAUAGGAAAUGUACCAAACAGCAGUAGCCUACAUACAGUAGUUUGUUUUCCUUUCUGUGUCUCACUGAUACCACAUGACUGGGCGUUAACUUACUGUCGACUCUCAACUUUAACCUGUGUUGCGUGUCCACCAUGCCUCCUGCUUUGAUCUUUUAUUUUAUCCUAUAACUUGCCCUGAUCCUUUCAGUGCUGACAACAAAUAAUGAUAAUACCUCUGUUCGGAGGCUCUGCAUUUCUUUUAGCUUCUUGAUUCAAUUUCCAUGUGAUGGUAAUACCUAGGGAGAACUACUAUGAAUGGUAUAGCCAGGCAAAUACUGUCUGUUGGCCUGCUACUGUCCCAAGAGUGAUAUAAAUCUACAAAUGAUCAUGGCUAAUUCACAUCUCAGCAUUCGAUUUCUCUCAGCUUUAUUCUUUAAGUACGUUUUUCAUUUUCAUAAAGUCUAGGCUCUAAGAACAUGCACAGAGAAACAUUGCUUUGUUGAAACAAGUCACUUUUUAACACAAUCCACGGCAGCUUCACUCAGCACACUGAAACCUUUCGCACAGGUUUGUAUAUGAAACACAGCCUUGGGUUUAGGGUAUAAGCAGCAUUGUUGUGACUGUAUAUGUGAGGUCGGCUUGACAAAUACAGUCAACAAGGUUUUGUUUUUUUUGGGGGGGGGGAUGUUGUAGGAGAGUUGGUCAUUUUAAAAAGCAACAUCCACUACCAGGAAACGUCACUCUCUGACCCUUGAUGUAUUUAAACUACUUUGGUUUAUGACCAAAUACCUGCAACACUAUCAGCCUCAGCUGCACUGUUUGCUAAUCAGCCUAUGUUAGCAUGCUUAAGCUGACGUACAUGGUAAACAUUAAUCCUGUUUAACAUCAGCAUGCUUGCAUUGUCAUUGUGAGCAUGAUAGCAUUUAGCACAAAGCAACACUGUGGCUAAUCCUUACAGAGGUGCUAGCAUAGCCUUGUCAACCUUACAGAUGGAGACAAAAGAUUAGGAUUUACCUACAAACUUCCCCAGAGAAAUGAUGACGUUACGUUUAGAAAUGGUUUUAGAAACCUUAUGUCCUUUUGUAUGUCGACACAAUAAAAUGGCUCAAACCCAAGACAAACUGCCCUUGCUGAUGACACAAUGUCAAACUGAAUCAAAGUUUGUUUUUACAGUAAACUUCCUGUUCGUUUUGUGUGUGUGUGUGUGUUUGUGUGCUCCAGGGCUGCUGGACAAUGAGGACGUACGCGUGAUGAUGCAGGGCUGCAACAUGGUGAAAGUUCGCUCUUCGAGGUGGCAGAAGAGCCGGAACCUGCGGCUGCUGGAUGACGGACUCACUGUGUGGUGUGAAUCCACCAAGAGCUCCCGCAAAGCCAAAGCCCAGCAGACAUUCGCAGUGACAGAAGUGGAGUGCGUGCGCGAAGGCUGCCAGUCCGAGGUGCUGAGGCGGCUGAGCGGGUCGGUGCCGGAGAGCAAGUGCUUCACAGUGGUCUUCAGAGGCGCCAGGAAAAGCCUGGACCUGCUGUGCCCCUGUGAGGAUGAUGCUCAGCGCUGGGUGCGAGGCCUCCGCACUUUAAAGGAGCACGUGGCCGACAUGACUCAGAAGCAAAAACUGGACCAUUGGAUCCGAGGCUACCUGAGGCGAGCGGAUCAGAACCAGGACGGCAAGAUGAGCUACGAGGAGGUCAAACGGCUGCUCCAGAUGAUCAACAUUGACCUGAGCGAGCAGUAUGCCCGCUGUUUAUUCAAGAGGUGUGACAGAUCCUGUGAUGGUCGUCUAGAUCAUAUCGAGAUUGAGGAGUUCUGCAGGGAGCUUCUGCGACGGCCCGAGCUGGACGCAGUCUUCAGACACUAUUCAAGUAAUGGUUGUGUGCUCGCCACUGCUGAGCUGCGGGACUUCCUGGGAGACCAAGGAGAAGAUGCCUCGUUGAAUCAUGCUCAGAGCCUCACGCUCACCUACGAGCUCAAUGACUGGGCUCAGAAGAACCACUUCAUGACCCAGAAUGGUUUCACCAUGUACAUGCUGUCCCGGGAGAACGAUGUGGUUAAUCCUGACCAUGCCAGAGUCUACCAGGACAUGAGCCGCCCUCUGGCCCACUACUUCAUCUCCUCGUCGCACAACACUUACCUGACCAAGGACCAAGUCACCGGCGCCAGCAGCACUGAGCCGUACAUCAGGGCUCUGAAUCAGGGCUGUCGCUGCGUGGAGCUGGACUGCUGGGAUGGAGAUAAAGGUGAACCUGUCAUCUACCAUGGCCACACUCUCACCUCCAAAGUGCCUUUCAAGGAGGUCAUUGAAACCAUCGUCCAGUACGCCUUUAAGGCGUCACCAUAUCCUCUAAUCCUGUCCCUGGAGAACCACUGUUCUGUGGAGCAGCAGGCCGUCAUGGCCACGCACCUCCGCACCAUCCUGGGCAGCAAACUGCUCACCAAGCCGCUCAGUGACCAGCCGCCGAAGGAUCUGCCUUCUCCUGAGGAGCUGAAGGGGCGUAUUCUGGUGAAAGGGAAGAAGCUGAUUCCUCACUUGGGCCAGCUGGGCAAGGGCGGCAGCUGUGCCAGCUUCUCCUCAAGCUCUGAAGAUGAACCAGCAAGCGGCAAUAAGAACACCCCCAAGAAGGAUCCUGCAAAGGUCUGUUCUAAACUGAGCCCAGAGCUAUCAGAGCUGGUGGUGUACUGCAGAAGUGUCCCCUUCCGUGGCUUUGAAAAUGUGUCUGAAAAACCUUCAAAUGAAAUGUCCUCCUUCUCUGAAAGUGAUGCCCUCAGGCUCAUCAAAGACUCGGGAAAGCUUUUUGUGAGACACAACAGCAGGCAGCUGAGCCGGAUCUACCCCUCCGGCCAGCGCCUCCAAUCAUCCAACUAUGAUCCUCAGGAAAUGUGGAAUGGUGGCUGCCAGAUGGUGGCUCUGAACUACCAGACCUCUGGGGAGCAGAUGGACCUGAACCAGGGUCGCUUCCUCCCCAAUGGUCGCUGUGGGUAUGUUCUUAAACCGGGCUUCCUGUGCAGCCCAACUUCCGACUUUAACCCAGAGAUCACGGGUGGAGGCCCAGGUCACAUCCCCACCCAGCUGUCUAUACGAAUAAUAUCUGCGCAGCAGCUGCCAAAAAUCAACACGGAGAAGGCCAGCUCCAUUGUGGACCCACAAGUGUGGGUUGAAAUUCAUGGGGUGGCUAUUGAUAAUGCAAGAGACAAAACCCACCGCAUUGACAACAAUGGCUUCAACCCACGAUGGGACUGCACUCUGAGCUUCCAGCUGCAGGUCCCUGAACUGGCUCUUGUGCGGUUUGUUGUGGAGGACCAUGAUCACACUGCCAAAAAUGACUUCGUGGGGCAGUUCACUUUACCUUUCAUAAGCCUACGAACAGGUUAUCGACAUGUUCAUUUAUUGAAGGCAGAUGGUUCCAGUCUGUCCCCCGCCACCCUCUUCAUCCAUGUUAAAGUGACCCGCAAAGGAGUUCCCGUCAAAACUGUGUCCGAGCGUAUGGCCAUUGCCAAAGGCAAGGCAUGACGUGCAUCUGAACUAGAUGGAAAGCUGCAUUUUCUGUCAACAAAGGGCUUUGGAAAAGGAGCUCUGAAUGUGAGCAGAGACAGACUGCUGUUGUUGCUGCCAGCCGAUCUCCCAGUCCAGACCUCAAGUGGUCCAAUUUACACGAAGCCACUUCCCACUACACGAGGAGAGAUGUUGUUUUUCAGAGAUGAGGAAGCGCGCUAGCUCUUAGCAAAUGAAUUGCCUCAGGAUAAUGAGUCCAUGAUACACUGUGGGAGAGUCUGGUCUUGUCAGUGCUGAGUGCUCUGGAAACAGGGCACAGAGGAUUGUGGUUCAUGAAAAACACCAAUAUGGGACUCGUUACAAAAUUAAUUUUAGUGUUGUUUACUCUCAUGUGUAGGUGGCUAGCCAACAAUCUGUUGGACUGAAGAUGAGUUAAUUCAUCCUUUUAUAUUUUAGAAGUAUUUUAACAUUUUUACACGUCAGUAUUUGACUUAAACUUAAAGAAUGAGGAUAUUUUAACAAGAAACAACAUUUACUAAACUGAUACUGUCUCAUUCAGUAAGUGUUAUAAGUGGGAAUCCAAGCAUGUGAUUGAAAUGAAAAAUAUUACUGUUUUAUUAAUUAUUGUUUCAACACUAAUCGUGAUGUAAUACAGAUUUAAUAGUGUUUCAGAGAUUGUCAUAGGUUGUUUUAUGCAUGAAGGAUGAACAAAUGAUACAAUUGUUUAUUCAUUUAGUCUUACUUUAUACUUCAGAUACUUGGCACUUUUAAUUUUAUGACAAUAUAUUUCUACAACUUAAAAAUGAACUUGAAAUAUAAACAGUAUUAACUUUAACUUAACAUUAUUACAAAUGUCACUUGUUGUAUUUGCUCCAGCAUCAUUUCACACGCGUUAAAAUAAGUGUUUAUAUGUUAGCGAUAUUAGCUUGAAGCCUCCUUUGCCUCUUUUCUAAUAACAUCCCUGCAUAAUUAUUUGUGUAGCCAAUUAUCAUCCCGACAAUCAUAUCUCAAAAUUGUGGUUGAACACUAAUUGCAACAAUCUGACACAUCCACCGAUUACUUUAGGCUACAGUGAAUCAUUUAAUGCUCUUAUAAGGAGCUUCCCUGAUAAUAAGAUGGGGCAGUAAUGAAAGGUGCUGCACAUGGAUUACUGUAAUAACAGCAUAUAUGAUUCGGAUGGAUUUCAACAUGGAACAAAUGGUGCAGUAUGACUUUGCAGUGUUAAAAUGUAAAGCCUCUGUUGUGUGAAUGGCAGUUGGUAUUAUGUCUGCAAGAGAAAAUACUGUUUUCAUAAAAGCACUAAUAACACA